AAUAUCAUAAAUAUCAUUGUGGAAACAAAUUAUGAAGCAUAUUAUAAAAUGAAGUUGCAAAAUUUGUGAGGCACUUUCAUCGAUUUAAAAGUCCUACCGGUCUCCUAUAUUUUUUUAUGAUGUCCUCCCCAAUAUUUGGGUGACCCUAUUCGGCGGAAUGGCGGAAUACAUGCAGUCAGUUGUAAAAUACGGAAUAUACGUAAUGCUCUAAAACACGGAAUUUACAGAAUAUUCUGUAUUUGAUUUGAACUGGACUGACGAAAAAGCAGAGGCAAUAUUAAAAAUUCAAUUUUCGUACUGCCGUAAGCCACACUAUAGACCUUAUGACGGUUUUGAAAGCCAUCUUGACGGGUGAAGGGUCCGGUAUCACGGGAAUCUAAUGUCGGAUAACUUUCAUAAAACGGCUGUUCUAAAAAAAAAAAGAAUUGUAAACUUAAGCUUGACAGGAUUGUACUACCAAUUAAUGGGGGCCGCACCUGUGCCUAAAUUUGUCCGGUCGCUUGCUUUAGAUUUUCCAGAGUCUUCAAAGUCUUCAAAGGAAUGAUCUCUUCUUCAAAUUUUGUGGAGAUUGCUCGGUUGGUCGUUCUGGCGAGGAAGGAUCCAGGGACAACAAGUCCGUUUUCCAGUCUCCUUGAUCCAUUACCUUAAUCGACUUGCACUUUGUUUUGACUGCGUGCUUUUUUAAGAAAGGUGAAUAUAAGGAAGGAAAGUUCCAUCGACAAAGUGCCAAACAAGUUUCAAGGUAAGUCCCUAGCGUUAACUGAGCAUUCACCGUCGGUAUUUGUUACUGCUACAGUUUCAAAUGUUGUUCGUUUUUAAAUAAAUAUCAAAGUUCUUUUUUUAACAUUUGGCUGUUUCUCAAAAAAAGAAAUAAGAACCCUGUCCCGAAUAAGCGUCCUCCCUAGAGGCACCAAAAGUAAAUAAGCGCCUGGGCGCUAAAUCGAAUCAUUACGGUAAGCCAAUUCUUUUACUUGUCACGCGCUUAAAACAUGGUUCGAGUUAAUGAGGGUAAAAUUAUAUAGAAAUGAUCUGAAGAGAAACAAAAAUUAGUAUUACUUCGAGUCAGCACGAGGUUCGAGUCAGUAGCGAGGGUUCCAGUUAUUGUAGUCGACUGUAUACAUGUAUACCCUUUUUAAACGAUUUUUCUCUUAUUCUGCGUUUUAGAGUAUUCCGUAUAUUCCGUAUUUUAGAAUCAUUUCCCUGUAUUCCAUCAUUCCGUUCCGUCAUUCCGUCAGUCCGCCAUUCCACCGAAUAGCGUCACCCCCGAUAUUUUCAUGUCCAAGAAAGUACCAAACGCGAGGCUAAUCAUUGUGCCAAGAAUUGAAUCUGUUAGCUACAUUUUAAAGCGCCAGAUAAUAGUCCUUUGAGAAAAAAAAAAACUGUAAUUCUUGGGCGUAAUGGACUCAGUUUUUGGGACCAAGAUGUUGGUCGUUCUCGGGAGCAACAGUACUCCAAUAUCUCUCUCCUUUUUCCCUUGAAGGAAGACAUUGGACAUUGACAUGAAUGAUUCUAGCCCGAAAAAAAAAAACAUGGGAUCAGAUUUCUUUCAAUAGACCGCUGACCAGUAGAAGCGUCGACUCGUGACCCCACAGCGAUCAGAUCACGCUGAGGCCAAAACGGUGCGGCGGUUCGGGAAUUUUUUCUUUUUAAGUCACCAUCGCUUGUGAAAAAAUAACAUUACUGUAACAUUGUUUCACUAAGUGCUUUCUGGCCGGGAAAAAGUUGUGCAUUCGUUUAGAUUCCGCCGCAGUUUAGACAAAUGACGUCAUUGGCCGCUGUCACGCGACGACAUUUUCCAGAUUCAAGUUUCGUCAGCAGAUGGUAAUUUCGAGUUCUUUUCUUCUUCUGCCUAUUUUUCAUCUUCCUUUCUCUUUUAAUUCUACGUCCUUCUACUUAGGAUGGUUUCUGAGCGCCUAGCAAGGAUUAAAGUGGCGUUUACCACGCUAUCCACGGCCGUAUUGGCAACAGAGAAGUGUUUCGCCGAAGUAGCAAGAUAACGGUAAACACUGCAACUUUGAACGCUUUGUACAACGUCAAUAUGCUUUGGCCGAAAAAUGUUUUUCCAGAAUCGUAAUGUAUAUCCCUCCAAUGUCUGAUUCAUCACUGUGAUUGCUUUCAGCAGCGUUGGACUUUUGAGAAAUAAUUAUUUUAAAAUCAGCUUCAACGCUCCAUCUAAUUUAAUAUGCAAUAUUUGAAAAUUUAUUUUUUAUUCCCUUCGGCAGUUUUUCGAUGUUUAUCGAAUGAUAUUGCAUUAAAAGGCCUUUUUCUUCAUCACUGUGUGGUUUUCUCGCUAUUUUGCGUUGCGAUAGUGAUUUCUGAACCGUUUUUUGCGAGGGCUCAUUUUAGGCCUGAUUUUGCUGCUAUCAGACGGAAAAAGUUUGCGGCUCGAUAUUUUUGGUUUAAAGCGAAACUGAAACAAAAGAAAUUCAUUUUUGAAUAGUAUUCAGUAACCUCUACUUGGGAGAUAAAAAUCAGCCGAUUUUAUUUUUUAGCCGGAAAUCAUCGGUCGUUUCUUAGGCGCAGGGCCUCUUAAUCGCCUGAGUCUAUUACCUUGUUCACGUUGAUUAACAAAAUAAUAAUAAUUAUUAUACGAUUCUCCUUAGCAACAGCGUUGAAAGAAAAAAAAUACAAGUUAGAUUCCGCUAAGUUCUGCAAACUCAUUAUAAAAGGAACAUCAUAUCUAUCAACAACAAGUACAGUUAUCGCGAGCCUCUGUCUCAGCAGACCGAAAUUUUGAAAAAACCACUCCCUUAAUAUUUGAUGUUAAAUAUAUCGCCUGAAGUCUCUAUCUUAUUCUAUCUCUGGGAGAUAUCUGGGCCUUGUUUAUAUUAGUAAUUCAUUGAUGUUUGGAUUAAAUCUUACGGUUUCUCAGAAAACCCCGAACUGUUCAAAACACAAACAAUCCACUAAUCUUAAUUCAUGCUCAUUUUACUAAAGAACCACACGCAGCUGUGUAGUUAAUUUUAAAAAAGAAUUAACUAAAAAACGCAUUGGUCCAUAACCAUAGCCCCCAGUAGCUCAUUUUCCAAUAUUUUAGGUUUUCUUAAAUGUGAGUCGGGAAAAAAGUACAGAGGGAGUGGGUAAUGAAUAUGUAGUCAUUUACUUUACCUUAACUUGGAAAUGCCAAAAUCGCAAGAGUGACUUUGUCAAACACUUCAAAACAGAAAUUUUAGUUUGGUUUCGUAGUUCGUUGCAAUUUUUAUUCAGUUGUCUUGUUUUUAGUUCAUUCUUUACCCAAAACGCCUGGUUCCUUGAAUGUUUUGGAUUUAGUUUCUUGGGGUUCUGUCAAAGAGAACUUUUUAAGUGACCGCAGCUGGGCUUUAUUUUGCUUCUUCGAUAUACCGUACUUCCUCGAAUAAUAGCCGUCCCUCGAUUAAUCGCCUCCCACGAAUAAUCGCCCCCUUUUGGUGCGAAAAAAGAAAUAAUCGCCCCCAACUAUUAGGGACUUUAAGCAAAGAGUGCGGAAGGGUCUAUCUAUAGUACGUUGACCGGAAGUAAUUUUUUUUUUACCAGCCGUCAAUGUCUCAGAUACGUAUUCAAAUUCGGGACGAGCACGUGGUACGGCAAUUUACUAAAAAGUUCAAUCAGCAAAUCAACAACUUUGCACGCGUAUUUUAUUGUUUUUUCAAUAUUUUUUUUCCAUCACUGCACGACCACGACGAAAAUUCCUAAUUUCACGUUUUGUUGAGGAAGUAAUAAAACGAAGACGAGCUUUUUCCUCUAUGAGUUACGUUCGCCUACAUUUGACAAAGUAAGCGACCUUUAAUUGGGGAAAAGUUUCAAAGAAUGCAAAUUCACUUAAAAAGCGGUGUCUUGGUACCUUGAGAAAAAAAUUACUUCCGGUCACCGUACUAGACCCUUCUGUAGUCGUUCCUUUCCCUGUUAUUCGAGGAAAUACGGUAAUUACUAAUAUUAAAGGGAAAAAGUUCCAAUGUCUCGCUUUCUUUGCUGAGACUCAAUCUUAACUGCCUGGAUAGGUCAUUUGCACUCAGAGGUCAUGUGACAUCGUUUUUAUGAAAAUGAAAGUCAUAUGAUUUCGCCUUCGAAAACGAUUAGUGGGUCAUAUCUUAAGCAAAAUAAUAGUGAUUUGGUUUUUCAAACCAGCACCAUUUUAUUAAAAUAAGUAAGUUCGUAGUUGGUCAUGUGACCAAACUGUGAUUUUAAGAUCAUGAAUUACCUCUUUCUGAACGCAAGUUUGCACUUAAACGUCAAUGAAAAUGUUGAAAAGAUAAUGUGGUAACGUUUACAGCACAUCUGAGCGUAACUAUCAAACGUUUAACAAGAUAUAAGCAAAAAGUAGUUUUGGCCGCCAUGUUGGAGGGCAAGAGUAUGCCCUUUAACAUGGCGGCUAAUACAACUGAUACUACUUUGUUGAAAAAUCAAAGUGCCAUGAAAUAUCUCCCUUAAAUGAGUUGCCUCUCAAAUUUCGGGUGUAAGAUAAUUUUUAUGUGCUCUGUCAAUUUUUGGCAUUAGCAAGAUUCCAACUCAUUGUUUAUUGUCGCCAAGUUCUGCCGCAGAGUUUUCUCAUAAACCUCGAAUAAACGGCGCACUCUUUUGAAUGGGUCUGGCGUUUAUUGGACAGCGGCGUUUAAUCGAAGAAAAGGGUGUUUUAACUAUCCAAAAAUGUGUGUAUUUGGGUGUCUUUGGGUGGGGAGGGGGUUGCAUUGGGAAUCAAGAACCCUCUCUUCCCUAUCCGCGUUAUCUGUAAAUUUCACUUGCAGAACAACAAAGAAUUUUCUAUAGUUGAUAUCCAUCUAUAUAUUUUGAUUUCCAUAACCUUUCUUGAAGUUUUAGGGACAACUUCCCGUGCUAAAAAUCGCUACUAAUUCUACUUCAGGUCUUUGGAUCCAGAGAAAGAAAACUGUGAUAUUUAUGAUGUGGCUUGGCGAGCGGAGUACUUAACAGGCGACACCUACAAACAUCUGGUUGCUCAGGUGUGUAUCGAUAUUACAGCAGCCCUGCCAACAAUUCUCCUGAAUUCGCUGGUUAUUUUCGCCGUGGUAACAAGACAACGACUACGAAACAACUCUACCAUACUUCUUGCUUGUCUAGCAGGGACGGAUUUGUUUACUGGCCUUGUUGUUCUACCGCUUGCCUUCUCGCUAGACUUGAAGCGCCUUCUUGGGGUGGGGCCAUUUUGUUCGCCAGAAAAAGCACUGAAUGUGAUAAUAACGAUAUCAAUUUUUGCUUCGUUGGGUCAUUUGGUCGUGAUCAGCAUUGAUCGCUUUAUAGCUAUCAAAUACCCCCUGAGGUACUUGGAUAUUGUCACAGAAGAGAGAAUAAAAAUCAGUAUUAUUGUAGCCUGGGCUAUCGCUUUGAUGAUGGCAAUCAGUGAACUUGUUCUGGCUCUAAUAGACAGUAAAAGCAUCUACUCGAUUUAUUCGGUCGUGAACUCUGUGACACAAAGUGGUACAGGAAUUCUUUUCAUUAUUACUAUUUCAUUGUCUUAUGGUUACAUUUACUCAGAGACACGAAGACAACUUAAACGCCUCAAAACCGAACAACUGCCCCAAGAGCAAGUCCAAAGAAUCAAGAAAGACAGAAGGGCAGCUAUCACUCUAGCAAUCGUUCUAAUUACUUUAGUAAUAACUUAUUUACCGGCAAUAAUAGUUUCGUUAGUGACUGCUUCUUCAGAUAGCAUUUUAGUAGAGCCGCGUUUUAUAUCCAUUACUUUUAGCUGGGUGGGAAUUUCAAUGAUGUUAGGUUCCCUGUGUAAUCCUAUAAUUUACUGUUGGCGUAUGAAGAAACUACGACACGCAUUUCUCGGCAUACUACAUCUAAGAAAACCUGAGAACACCGUGCCAGAAGCAGAAAUUACAGGAACUCAGUCCUUUCAACCUGGACCGACGUUUUGUAGAACAGACCAGGCUUUCCUGUCACGCGGAAACGGGCAACCAGUUUUGAUAUCAUUUUGCCAGCAGCCAGUCGAAUGCCUCCCUCGCAUCGAAGAAGUCAACGGGGAAUAG